UUCAGCGUAUAUUAGAGUAACAAACACGUUUUACAACACUGCCAAAUAUACACUUGUCAAUUGUGAAAUUUAACUAAUCCCCCUUAUAAAUCUAUCAAACUCAAUUCAUAAAUAUGGACAAAGACAAGAAAAAAGCUGGCAAAAAUUUGGAACACAUGAAUCUCACGAAUGCUCAAAAUCGAGCAGUGGUGGUUAAAGUUCCAAAAUAUGUAGCACAGAAAUGGGAGUCAGCGCCAUCCGAUAUAAAUGCUGGGAAACUCACGGUAAUAAAAACGCCUGGACAAAAACCAAUAUUCGAGUUGUCACUACCACCUGAAGUGGUAGAACUGAAACCGGAAGGAAAAAUACCAACUGAAUAUACACUUCAGGUAUCAAAUGUAAACGACCAAACAUAUGGCGUUUUUUCGACCGAAGCAAGUGAACAGUUAUCAAGUGGAUCUGAAAAAAUAUCUAUGGAGGGGUGCAUAGUAAAAAAAAUAGAUUGUAAACCACAAAUUAACGAUUCUUAUGUAGCAUUUAAACGGGAGGCAGUACAAAAGGCAUCUGAAUCACGUCGAACAGUUUACCUUUUAGAUAAAGUUGUGCCACAGUACAAGCCCGUUACGGAUCAUGCCCACAACAUUGAGUACCGCAAUCGUAAGAAAGCUGAAGGUAAAAAGGCACGUGACGAUAAAAAUUUUGUAAUGGGUUUACUCUUCAAUGCAUUCGAAAAGCAUCAAUACUAUCACAUUAAGGACUUAGUGAAGAUCACGAAGCAACCUAUAGCAUAUUUAAAAGAAAUACUUAAGGAAAUUUGUAAUUAUAACAUGAAAAAUCCACAUAAGAAGAUGUGGGAACUUAAGAAAGGGUAUUGUCAUUACAAGUCCGAUGAGAAAGAGAAAGAUGAACAGUCUAACGCGGACAGUGAAUCAGAAUAGCACUAAUUUUUUUUUUUGACUAAGCUAACAGAACUGUGAUUAAAUUUAAUCAGCCAUUUUUUUAUUGUUGUAAUCUAAAGAUCUUGAAAAUUUAAUCUAGUUAAGCUUAGAUUGAUAAUAAAAUAUUUAAAA